AUGAAAGCUGUUCUUGCUCAGGUGAAAAACAUCAUCGUCGGUGCUUUAUUCCUCCUGCUCGUCCUCUACGAACUCGCCCGAGAAACCGAGAAUGUGAUCAAAUCCCUUCGACUGAAACGAUUCUGGCACGAUCUCCUCUUCUCCUUUAUCCUCUUCCACACGAUUCGAUGCUUCAUUGGCAUGGCCAUCGUCUUUGUGACUGUAUAUUUGUCUGUUUUGGCUGUAAGCUUGGCUCAUGAGAUUGUCUUCUUGAAGGACCACAAGCUCUCAUUCAAAGUUGAGAUCAAAUAA